AUGACAAAGAAAGAAGAAAAAGAGCGACGAGAAGAUGAUAGAUUGAUAACGAUUCUCCCCUCAUACCAAAUGUUCCGUAGUAUUGUUUCCAAGCCACUCAUAGCGACAAAUGAAGACUUACGAAGCGAGCCACCAAGCUAUGAUGUAACACCCAUAUCAUCCGCUGCUAGCGGAGAUGUUGAUUACUUUGGAGGAGUUUCUAUGGCCAACUCGCCGGUUCAAGAGAUCAAUGAACCCUUCACUUCGUGGGACGACACUAUCUUGGCUAAUUCUCACAAAUUGAAAAGAUUGACUUCAACGAACAGAGAUCUAGCAUCUAAGCUAGAGGUAAAGAUACAUCUCACAGAUGAGUUAGGGAUGAUAGGAGUCCCUGCUACAAUCAUAGACCCCUUGUCUGUUGAGUAUGAACAAGGAGAUGUGAUCAAUGGCUUUGUUACGAUAGUUAAUCGUACCACCACCACGAUUCCAUUUGACAUGUUCGCAGUAGCACUCGAAGGAGCCACGAUUCUCGGCGACUCCAAGCGUCCAGUUGUUCAAAACCCAAAACUAGUUCAGCGUUUUCUCACCAUGUUGGACUUCAAUGCCUCAUACAACGAUGGUACCUUGGACCGGCUCGUUUCUGAUAAUAAUAAUCCUCAUGUUCAUGUUGCGCGCCUUGAUCCGGUUGACAAUACCCAGGUGUUCUUGGAUAUUAGAAAGGUAUUCGAGCCAGGAAUCACGUACAAGAAAUUUUUCACUUUCAAGAUCCCAGACCGGUUGUUGGACUAUUCAUGUAAACCACAUGGCCUCGUAAAGCACCUUCAACUACCACCAACGUUUGGGGUGUCGAAGAACGAAGUUCUCACUAGAUUGCGGGAAAAAUGGAGAGACCAUGCGGAUUUCAAACCAGAAGAUGUGGAUCACCGUUCAAAACAUCCAGACAGGAAAUAUGCCUCGCAGACCAACGAUUUUUGUUUGGAGGAUACAAGUGUUAGUUACUGUGUGACAGCAAAAAUAAUCGGUAGAGCCGAAGAGUACAAGGAAUUCACCAGAUACCCUGUCGCUGACGCAGGGAAACUAGCCAACGAAUAUGUGGUUGCAAACGAAGCCAAUUGCUAUCUUCGUGUGAUUGGAAGGACAGACCCCGCUUUUGAACUCAACAGGUCCAUGAUUAAUCAAGAGUCUAAAUUAUUGUACGAAAAUUUAAUGACCAAAAUUGAAGCGAUACUUGAUAAAGCACAGCAAUUGUCGCAAGCUCCGAAAUCCGAUCAGAGUACUGAGGAUGAAGGUUUGGUUCCUUCAGUUAGUGUGGAAGAACUGCAGAAACUUCAACAAUCUUACUACUCACAAACAAGGUCUCGACCUCGCUCAAGCGACAAGUACGAAGUUUAUCACAAGUAUAAAAAACGAAGUCUUAUGGGCCAUAGCAAGGAGAUUGGACUAAUUGCACUUUCAUGUCAUAAGAAGGAGAUUCGAGCUAGUUAUGUUCCCCUUGCUCGAUAUCCUGAUAAAGCUCCCAAUACCACUAUUGCUCGUAUUCCACUUGAAGUCUCGUUUGUUCCCAUUGGCAAUUAUGAUCCUCCCGAAAUCAUCAGCACUUCCGUGCAGCUUGUAUCACUAACGAUCAAGACCCGCUCUCUACCUAUUCCUGUUGUGUUUCACCCAGAUAUGCUAUUCCGAAAUGAGGGACGUGAAACCGACAACUUUGACCAUAUCACCGUAAAACGAUGUCAGAAGUAUGCGAUAGAGCUUUCUCACCAUAUGCGGGAGCUCGGGAGCGAGGCAUUGGGUAUAGAUAAAGAUAUGAUCUUUGAUAUCAAAAGUCUUGCAAAUCUUUCAAGCAAGUACAAUGUUCUCAAAGUCACCAAGACCUAUGUUACUUGUGGUGAUAAAAAGUUUGAGUCAUUGGCAUCCAUUCCAUACAAGUCAGUGACCCAAGAAACUACAAAAAUGAAGUUUACAAAGUCAUUUACGUUGAAUGUUGAUAUGGAUCUGGUAAGAAUGAUAGGCUCAGGUACAAAUUCGCAGCCAGGAGAAUUUUGCCUUAUACCUGAUUUCCAAUCUUGUUAUCUUGCCAGGCUCUAUCACUUCAAGAUCAGCAUCAAGCUCUCCAACGGAGAAAAGGUAUCUAUAAAGGUUCCUGCAAUCAUACAGAAAUAUCCAAGCUCGCUUGAUUUCAAUUCGUAUUCCUGA